AUGUGUGAUUCUACGGCUGCAUUGCUGAGCACGAUCGCUCCGCUAGUGACUAUUUAUUUGGGUUUUCCCGUGCUUUUUCUUGGUUUUGUUGGCAAUCUCUUGAGUUUACUUGUAUUUCUUAGUCUCGAGACCUUCCGACAAAGUUCAUGUGCAUUCUAUUUAACAAUGGCGUCUUUUAUCAAUACAUUUCAUUUAUUUACUGGUUUAUUAACUUUCAUCGCAAUCAAUGGAAUUGGAGACAGUUGGUUGAAUGCUUCGUUAAUUUAUUGUAAAUUUCGCCAAUAUUUUGCUCAAGUAUGUAUAAUGAUGUCUAUGUCGUGCAUGUGUUUGGCGACAAUUGAUCAGUUCUUGGCAACACAGUCGAAUGUUCGUUGGUAUCGAUUCAACAAUGUCAAAUUGGCUCGAUACAUCUUCUUGAGCCUACUUUUAUGUUUGGUGUUUCUAUUGAUUCCUUAUUUAAUAUACUACAACCAUAUUAUAUCAGUCAGCACGGGAAAAAUCGUUUGUGCUAUCACAAAUGCCAUCUUUUCGAAAUAUAGUGAUUAUGCUCAAUCACUCUUUGUCUUAAUUAUUAUACCAAUGUCCAUUAUGACUGUAUUUGGAUUGUUAGCGUAUCGAAAUGUUCAAAAUAUAUCGUAUAGGACAAUACCAUUAGUUCGACGAGAGUUAGACAAACAACUAACAUCGAUGGUUCUUGUUCAAGUGUUCUACAAUAUUCCUGUCAUGACACCAAUGUUAAUUGCAACCUUUUAUAACGGCGUUGUAGGCAGUACACUCAAUGCAUGUGAUAGAAUUAAAAUGGGCAUUACUAUAAAUUUAUGCAUUCUUUGGUAUUAUUUAUUUGCAGUCGGUGCAUUCUAUAUCUAUGUAAGUGUAUCGAAAAGAUUUCGUCAACAAUUGAUUUAUGUUCUGUUUAAUAUGCUUUGGGAACAAUUUCGUCGACGCUGCAAACACAAUCUAGUAGAACCACAAAAACAAUAA